UGCGAAGGAAUUGACAUGGUCCGAGAAGUAAGCGCAUAAGCGUCGCCGGCAAACUGAGACACCGCUUCCAUUUCCCGAUGUUCGCCUGGCAGCGACGGGCUUUUUCCCCCGGCUGGACAAGGAGACGCCGCGCGUUCUUCGCCGGUUGGGGAAGGAAAAUCUGUCCGUAACCGUCAACGCAAGUGGUACAGUGCCGAUUGGCCAGAUGCAACUCACAUUUUUUCGAGAACUCAUCGGCGAUACCUUUGAGACUGUCUUGAGGAAUUUCUUGCCAGCGGAUGUUUAGCUCGUGUGGCAGAUCGACGCGACGUUUGUCCCCCAUGGAAGCCACGGCGGAAACACCAAGGCCAACGGCGCAAAGAACCACGCCCUCCAAUCCGAGAAGAUGUUGAACCCUUUGAAGGAACUCGACAUAGAUUAAUUUGUUCGCCCUUCCUCUGGCGUCGGUGGGAGGCAUGCCGGCGGCCAAGAGCUCGAAAGCACCGCGGACACGAUCGCUCUCCGCCGGCUUGAGUCCCAUGCGGUUUUUCAUCACGACCGAGACCUCGACAAGUUUGUCCACCAUGUCGCUGAUCGAGGCCUUUUGCUUUUGCGGCAUUGUUGGUCGUUUGGGCCGGGUGAAUGCUGAGGAGGCGUUGCUACUAAGUCGAGGUGCAAUGGAGAACGGGAAGAAAGUGAAUUGAACUUGUUUACACGAAAACAGGGGAAACUGAGCUAAAGUUUUUGAAAUGGGUCGAAAGUGGCCGGAAAUGGUCGAGAGCGGUCGGAAAUAGUCAAGAAUGGUCGCAACCAGCCGACGCCACGGAAACGCCAAGACCCGAGCCCCACUCCUGUCCCACACCACUCCGACGGGCAGCUUUCCUGCUUGCCACGCCUGCCAAUUAUCACAGCCUGCGGCAGAGACCCAUGCAAACAGCAACCUCAACAAGGCCGCCAACGAGGCCUCGCCGGCGUACAAGCAGACAGCCGACCCCCACGAAAUAUCUUUUGAGCAACUGCCUGCCUGCCUGCCUUUGACGCGCAGCUGA